GAGCAUCCCAAAAAAAAAAAAAAAAUCGCCUCUGUCAUACAACCAGGAAGAAGGUGGGAUAGCCCCGCGAAGCUAACGUCCCCGAUCUUUCUGCACACUUUCUCCGAUAACGAUGGGUUCCUCCCGGUGGAAGGUGGCAGCGGCGGCGCUCCUCGCCAUCGUGGGCUCGUUAUUAACGGUGGACGCAGACGAACACGAACACACGUACAUCGAUAAGGAGGAGGUAGUUUUAUGGAUGAACACAGUGGGGCCUUACCACAACCGACAGGAGACCUACAAGUACUUCUCUUUGCCCUUCUGCGCGGGCUCCAAGAAGACCAUCAGUCACUACCAUGAAACACUCGGGGAGGCUCUGCAGGGAGUGGAGCUGGAAUUCAGCGGCCUCGACAUCAAGUUCAAAGAUGAAGUCAUGCAGACGACGUACUGUGAGAUCGACCUGGAUAAAGCCAAACGGGAUGCCUUUGUCUAUGCCAUAAAGAAUCACUACUGGUACCAAAUGUACAUAGAUGACCUGCCCAUCUGGGGGAUUGUUGGUGAGGCAGAUGAAAACGGAGAAGAUCAUUAUCUGUGGACGUACAAGAAACUGGAGAUCGGCUACAAUGGCAACAGAAUUGUUGAUGUAAAUCUGACCAGCGAGGGGAAAGUCCGGCUCGUGCCAAACACACGGAUCGGAAUGUCUUAUUCUGUGAAGUGGAAGAAGUCAGAUGUGAAAUUUGAAGACAGAUUCGACAAGUACCUGGACCCAUCCUUCUUCCAGCACAGGAUUCACUGGUUUUCCAUCUUCAACUCCUUCAUGAUGGUCAUUUUCCUGGUGGGUCUGGUGUCCAUGAUUCUGAUGAGAACACUAAGAAAGGAUUAUGCCAGAUACAGUAAAGAGGAGGAAAUGGAUGACAUGGAUAGGGACCUGGGAGAUGAAUACGGGUGGAAGCAGGUACAUGGAGAUGUGUUUCGACCAUCAAGCCACCCACUGAUCUUCUCUUCACUCAUUGGCUCUGGCUGCCAGAUCUUCUCUGUCUCCUUCAUCGUCAUCAUCGUCGCUAUGGUUGAGGAUCUGUACACAGAGAGAGGAUCCAUGCUGAGCACAGCCAUUUUUGUUUAUGCUGCCACCUCCCCUGUCAAUGGCUACUUUGGGGGAAGUUUGUAUGCAAAACAAGGAGGCAGAAGAUGGAUAAAACAAAUGUUCAUUGGGGCCUUCUUGAUCCCAGCGAUGGUGUGUGGGACUGCCUUCUUCAUCAACUUCAUCGCUAUGUACUACCACGCCUCCAGAGCCAUCCCAUUCGGCACCAUGGUUGCUGUUUGCUGUAUCUGCUUCUUCGUCAUCCUGCCGCUAAACCUCGUGGGAACAAUUUUGGGGAGGAAUCUGUCAGGGCAGCCAAACUUCCCCUGCCGAGUGAACGCUGUGCCGCGACCCAUCCCAGAGAAGAAAUGGUUCAUGGAGCCCGCUGUCAUCGUCUGCCUUGGAGGAAUCCUUCCUUUCGGCUCCAUUUUCAUUGAAAUGUACUUCAUCUUCACGUCUUUCUGGGCCUACAAAAUCUACUACGUGUACGGCUUCAUGAUGCUGGUCCUGGUCAUCCUCUGCAUUGUGACCGUGUGUGUCACCAUCGUUUGCACGUACUUCCUGCUCAACGCUGAGGAUUACAGAUGGCAAUGGACAAGUUUCCUCUCGGCUGCAUCCACUGCUGUUUAUGUUUACAUGUAUUCCUUUUACUACUAUUUCUUCAAAACUAAGAUGUACGGGCUGUUCCAGACGUCCUUCUACUUCGGUUACAUGGCUGUGUUCAGCACUGCUCUAGGAAUCAUGUGUGGUGCCGUUGGAUACGUGGGAACAAGUGCCUUUGUGAGGAAGAUCUACACAAAUGUGAAAAUCGACUAAGGGGCGUAGAAGCAACACAGGGAUAUUAAUGGAUUUGCCUACGACGGCGGGCACAAGUCAUCCUUUAUUACUUUUCUUUUUCUUGCCGAGAGAUUGUGAGAAUCUCACUUCGUACAAUGUAGUUUUUUCAUUUUUCCUUUUUCCUUUUUUUCUGAAUGAUUUUCCACGCCCGCAAACUCGAAGCGACCAAGAGCAAACCUGUGGCGGAAAUAUCAAAACACCAGGUUUUGUUUCUAUCAGUUGAGUUCAAACAAACGUUGGGGCAAAUGUUUAAGGCUGACAUGGCUUCUCUUUAAAAACCCAGUCCCACCUGAGACCAGAGAACAUAAAUGUUUAUCGAUGGAAUAGUGAAGCUCUCUUCAGUGAAGAGGCCGAAGUGUAUUGAAAGCCUUUCGUUCUAUGUGUCCGAAUAUUAGAGAGUUGGGUGCGUGCCCGUGUUCUGACUUGAUUUCUAUUUUGUAUUCUUGCAGUCACUCGAGAAAUCAUUACUACACAGUGCAGUCGUUUGUUCAGACCUAGUUCCACUGCAAAAUGAAAGAGAACUCUGUCGACACUUGAGAAUCAUUCCCCCCAUUUUUGCCGAUUCUUAAUUCCCUGUUACAGUAGCAGUCCAUCCAGUCGAUGAUUUUAGUCCUGCUGUAGUUUACUGUACAGACGAGAGCAGAGGGACUGAUCCAUGGUUGAGGUACAGUAAAUAAGACCAGAUUUCUUUUUUAAAUGGAUGUUUGAUGUGAUCCCAUUUCCCCGUUUAGUCUUGUUUUCUUAAUGUUUGGGUUUGAAUGAAGUCUACUUGUAAAGAUAAUAUAUGGAUGGGGGGGGGAGUGUAUAUAACCUUAAAAAUGUACCUUUAGAUGUAGAUCUCAAAUGUAUUUUCGUUGUACAGAUUUACUACAGGGUGUUUUUUUUUUUUAAGAAUCAUUUUGUUUCUGUUUGGUGCUUGGGGUGGGGCUGGUGGCGCUGUUACAUCUUGCCUGAAAUUGCAUGAAGUUUUUACCGAACCAACGGAUCAUCAGAUUUUCAUUUCAGUCAGCGCUGUCGACUUCGGUUUGUCUCUCUCUCUGAUCGUGAGCAUCCUCUCAAAGUGUAAAGGUACAUUUUGACGAGCUGUAGACUUGCUUGUGGACACUUCUUCUUUUGAUUUCAUGUUUAUUAUUUAAAGCUUUAAACAGGCUCUACAUGUUGGGUAAGCCAUUGUCCCGUCAUGUUCCUUUUGUUGCCCAACCUGAAGCAUCAUUUGUGAAUGUCAAAACGGAAUGAGGCAGUUGCUUUGUUUCCACAAACAUACUGUACAAAGUGAAGUUUAUGUACACUUAAAAACUAGAUGUUUUCAUAGCCACACACACACACAGUGCUGCGGAGUGUUUCAACUGCUUCUUUUCCAUUUUGUGUAAAUACAGUACGUUCCCUACUUGUAUGAGAAGGGGCAAUGCCUUUUUUUUUCUAACUUCCAGUUCUCCCCCACUGAAGUUGACUUUGGCACCUCAUGUUGUGUACCGAUGUCUGAUUAGACAUUUUGAACCUGCAUAUUAACUUGCUGUAAAAAGAGAAAAUAAACAUGUUUAUGUACAGGG